AUGACCAUGUCCAGCGCCAGCCGCGCGGCCCUGCUGCUGUUCCUGGUCCUCUGCUGCGCGACGAGCGUCUCGGCGUUUGGCGCCGGCUCCGUGGCCAACGGCAGCAGCUUCAAGGAGUUUGUCUGGCGCCACGGCGACAUUGUCGAGGUCCUGCGCUUCCUGCCCUCCAGCCUCGUCACCAAUGCCGGCUUCACCCAGCUGCAGCGGCGCCAAAUCUACUUUGGCAACUGGCUGCGCGACUUUUCCCAGGUCGUCGACGCCACCUGCCUGGAAAACAUCCCCGAGUCCAUCCUCCGCGCCAUCGUCUCCAUCAUGGCCAUGAUGGAGUUUGGCUACGCGACCGACGAGUUUGACGUCACGCGCGAGCGCCUGGGCUGCUACAGACACGUCGAGCACAUUGACAACCCGCGCGGCUACAACACCAACGCCCAGGAGAUUGACCCCCGGCUGCGCGGGCCCGUCGAGCCCGUCGAACUCGAGUUUGAUCCCGACACGGGCAUGAAAAACUACAUUGCCAACUCUGGUCACGCGUGGGAGACGGCGGCUGACUACGUCCGGGACCAGCUGAGCAAGUGCAUCGAGCUUGGCCGCCGUGGAAGGGAGGGCGACCACGCCGCACAAAAGGAAUCCUUCAUCCAUCUCGGAGCCGCGCUCCAUACUCUCGAGGAUUUUGCGGCACACAGCAACUACAUUGAGUUGUGUCUGCAUGAAUUUGGAGAGCAAGACGUCUUUGCGUUUGUUGGUGAUGCGUGCCGCGUGUCGCUGCCCGCACAUAUGAAAAGCGACCGCAAGGUGGCGCCUCUCGUCACAGGCACCUUUGGCAUGCUGGAUAUUUUCCACAGCCUGCUUGGCGAGGCCGACGACAUGGCUAUUCUGCAGUCGCAAGGGUCGCUCAACGAAGUGCAGACCCAUCUCGGCUAUGGCGCCAUGGCGUUUGAGCAGCUAUUCGAUGCCAUUGAGACUGGCAUAGCCUCGAUUCAAACCUUUUCGUCAGAAAACAAUUCCCUCAUCAGCCAACUCAAAACGGUGCACUUGAUACUGCAGAAACUCAAAACAGACACUCCCCCCACGUCGGAUGACGAGGACAGUAGCGAUAACACUUCUGACAAGUCUCCUGGCGAGGCCAAGAAGUCGAAGGACUCUGUGGAUCCCUCCAUCGUCUGGCAGGCUCUCGAACCGCUCUUCUUCUUCCAUGACAGAAUGAAGAAGUGGCUGAAGGAAGUGGGCUAUAGCGAUGACCAGGAAGCCAGUGGGAACACGAGCUCCGAAAUGAGCGACCUGACCAACCAACUAGUCUUUCGGGCCAUGCGCAUCGUCAUUGAAUCGUCCGUCAAGGAACUGCGGGCGACGCUCCGCGCAGCGAAGGCGCGCGUCGACAAGGAAGCCGCCUCGUCCGGCUCGGCCGCCGUCUACGACGAGGGCUCCUCCGACUCGGACCCGAGCCACUCGGAUCUAUCCAAAGACCACUUUUGCAACGUGCUCAACCGACCUGCGGGGCUCAUCGCGACCGUCACCACCAACUGGACGACGCAGGAAAUCGUCAAAUGCUGGGACAACAAGGACCUGGAUGCCGCCACGUCUAUUGACGCGAUUCUCACGAUCUUGCACCAUCCGGCCUUUGUCAAGGACAAGUCCCAAAUACAGGAAUACAUGUACAUGACGGUGGAGCACUGGUGGACGGAGCUGCCGGACGCGGAGCGCGAGCUGUUGCGGGAAAAGCUCACAAAGGAGAGCGUGCGACAGCGCGAGCACGAGGACCAUCACUUGCUGGUGCAGCCCAACGGUCGCCAAGGGCCGGCGCACUUUCCGGGGUCCAGGGCGGAAGUCGUGCAGGUGCCCCCCAGACGGUCGUUUCCGUUGGAGUGGGCACUCAAAGAAGUCGUGGCAGACUCGUUGUGGAUAUUUCAAACUGUGGUCAAAUACGUGUUGCUGCCGUUCAAGCUGAUCCGCCUGGCCAGAGACAAGGCUGCUGGGUUGUGGCGCAGAGAGUACACAGUCUAUGAUGAGCGCGGGGAGCUGCUGCAGGACAGCGCCGUCUGGAGGUUGAUCUGUGAAGCCAACGAGAUCGAUGUAUUGACCAAGGCGUGGUCAUCUUUUCUAUUCCCGCAUACUGAGUCAACAGUCGAGAAAACGGCCGUGUUUUUAGUGACUGGUAGCCAGCUGUGA